AUGUCAAGCGAUGACGUGAACGAUGAGAUUCAUCACUCAAGAACAAAUAAGAAUGGCUCAGCUCAUAUCUCCAACUCUGCUUCUAACUCAGCCUUGAAAACAUUUAACCAAAAUAAAAAUGAUGAUCAUUAUCUCGAAGCAAGCUCCAAGCGUUUCGAACGCUUCGAAAAAGACGAUUUUAAUCAACUUUUCCAGGAAAAGAUGUCUCAGAAGCGUUCAUCUUCUUCAGAUCCCAAUAAUGCAAAUGAUGAAGUAGAAAAUAUAUUUGAAUCAUUGAUUAUUGCCAUGUCUGAGACAAGCUCACAAAAUUCGUUCACUUGUGCUCUUGCAGGUGUAGAACCGAUGCCUAAAACUGAAUCGAGGGCAUAUCAACAUUUCACCUAUGAAAGGGAAGUCAUUAAUUCUGAAAAAGAUCUUGAUGAUUUUCAAUAUUACUUCAUGGGUGUUGAGAAACCAAAGAAGCGUCGUGGAAUGGACUCUUCUCGCAUAGCUCCAUUCAACGAGAAGUUCCGUGAAUGGGAAUUAGCUGGCAAAUCAUAUCGUAUUAUUCCAAUUCCUCCUCGUCUUAAGACAUACUCGACCUCGAUGGAUUUUUUUCGAAUACGGAAUACAAGGCGUUCAUGA